GCAGCGGGAGACAGUGUUAGAGUUGGGUCCUCAGCCUCUCUCCCCAGAUUAAACUCUCUCCCUUUUGCAGACCGAGAGCUACCGCCUGGGGAAGCCCACAUCCCAACCCCCCAACCCAGGAUCUCCACCCCAAAUCGCCGGGAUCCCAAACCCACCCUCAAACCUGGGUGUGAAACAGAGGGAGCCUGCUCCCCGGCAAUCAGGAGCCUGCAAGCCGGUCUACCUUGCUCUCCUCCGGAUUAAUCUCCGAGAGGCAUUGGGGAAGGAGGCGGGAGAUAGACAAGGCGAGAGAGAGACUGAGUCUCUCUGGAACCGAACCCCCGAACUCGCAGUCCGACAAUAAAAGCCGCUGCAGGAGUUGGGUUGAUCCACAUUUACAGCAGAAUGUAAACAAUCUGGGUCUGGAAGGAUGUCCCCUCGUCAGUUUCCAGCUGAUUGGGAAUUUCCUGGCUGCGGAAAUUGACCUGAGAAAUUCCAGGAGACUGGAGAGAGAAAGAGGUCGCCCCAUCUCCGUAGUGUUGCAAACAUGGGUUACUGUGGCAGGAAAACUAAAACUUUGGUCUCCACUUGUGUGAUCCUGAGCGGAGUCAGCAAUCUGCUGUGCCUCAUCUAUGUCGGCUGGAUGACCAACUACCAGGGCAGCGGAUUCAUCAAAGUGCAGCCGCCUUUACCUGAACUGAAACUGGAGGAGGACAAGAGGGAGAACCAGAGGCUGAGGGAAAGGUUAGAUCGACUGGAGAACGUUGUAAAUCAACACCUACAAGAGGUUCCACAGAAGCUAGAGGAGAAUAUAGCUGCUGAUGCCUUUACUGAUUCCUUACUCUUCACUCACUGGGGCCACAACCUUUCUCCUGAAAAUCGGAGGGUCGCUUUGAAGAAGUUCCAAUACUAUGGCUACAAUAGCUACCUCAGUGACCGACUGCCAUUGGACAGGUCCAUCCCUGACCUCCGACCUGAUGGAUGCAGUAACCUCACCUACCCAGUGAACCUCCCUCAAAUCAGCGUGGUCUUUAUCUUUGUUAAUGAAGCUCCUUCUGUUGUUCUACGCUCUAUGCACUCAGUGAUAUCUAAAACCCCACCUCACCUUCUCAAGGAGAUUGUGCUAGUCGAUGACCACAGUAACAAUGAUGAACUCAAAGAGAAAUUGCAAGCUUACAUUGACGAAAUGAACACACGUCAGCCAGGCUUUGUAAAGAUGAUCAGACACACAAAGCAAGAAGGGUUAAUCCGAUCACGGGUCAGUGGCUGGAGAGCAGCGACAGCUCCUAUUGUUGCUCUCUUUGAUGCACAUGUUGAAUUCAAUGUUCAAUGGGCUGAGCCAAUACUCUCAAGAAUAAAGGAAGACAGAACACGUAUCAUAUCUCCUUCCUUUGAUAACAUCAAGUAUGAUAAUUUUGAGAUUGAAGAGUAUCCGCUAUCGGCCCAAGGUUUUGACUGGGAAUUAUGGUGUCGUUACUUAAAUCCUCCCAAAGAAUGGUGGAAUCUGGGAAAUGUGACUGCUCCAAUCAGAAGCCCUGCACUGAUUGGAUGCUUUGUGGCAGACAGACUAUACUUUGAGGAGAUUGGCUUACUGGAUGAAGGAAUGGAGAUCUACGGAGGGGAGAACGUGGAACUCAGUGUCAGGGUCUGGCAGUGUGGGGGCAGUGUCGAGGUUCUCCCUUGUUCCAGACUCGCUCAUAUUGAGAGAGCUCACAAGCCCUACACUGAGGAUCUGACUGUGCAUGUCCGUAGAAAUGCACUGAGAGUAGCAGAGGUCUGGAUGGACGAGUUCAGAAGUCAUGUCUACAUGGCCUGGAGCAUUCCGAUUGAGAAUUCAGGGAUUGAUAUUGGAGACAUUUCAGACAGAAAAGCUCUGAGGCAGCGAUUACAAUGCAAGAGCUUUAAAUGGUAUCUACACAAUGUGUACCCUGAGAUGAGAGUGUACAUGGAUACCGUGGCCUAUGGUAUGCUCAAAAAUUCCUUGAAAAAUGAUUUGUGUCUUGAUCGGGGACCGGACACGGACAAUAUUCCAAUUAUGUAUGUUUGUCAUGGAAUGGUGUCACAGAACGUUUACUACAUGAGCAACCAGCAGAUCCGUGUGGGGAUAUUGAGUCCUACUAUUGAUGAUGAUGACAACAAGUGCCUGGUAGAUGUGAACAACAAGCCUAGACUGAUUGAGUGCAGUUACGCUAAAGCAAAGCGAAUGAAGCUUUAUUGGCUCUUUACUCAGGGUGGUUCGAUACAGAACAGAAAAUCUAAGCGGUGCCUGGAGCUUCAAGGAAGUCCUGACAAUGACUUUGGGUUCAAACCUAUACUUCAGAAGUGUAGUGGCCAACGCUGGACCAUCAGUAGUGUCUUAAAGAAGACAUCCUCUUAAUGAACCUUUGCCCCUUCCCCCGUUGUUCUCAUUCUCUCCAUGCUACUGUGUAGCACAAUUUUGCAAAUUUCUGUUGUAUAUUUCUUUCAUGUCUCAGGUUUGUGUAUGGGUAAAGAGGAAUUUCUUUUUCAUAAUUUAGAAUUAAGUUGUACAUGAUUUGCAGAUAAUUGUUUGUCAGAAGGAUCAAACUGGAGACAAAAUAGUUAAAUAUUUUCUAUGUGUAAAUAGACACAUGACAAAUGAACAAUAUUUAUAAUGGGUAUCAUGUUAAUAUGUAAUGAUGUAACACAUCUGUUCUAAUGUGGGUGAGUGAAUAGUUUGGUGAAAUGACCCCAUUCAUCAAAUCAGUGACAUCCAGCCAAUGAAACCCAUGUAGGUGUAAAAAUCUCUCCAAUAAAUUCUUCCCUCGUCUAGUUUGAGCUCAAAUGAAAAUUGUUGAUUUUUGAUGCAGGCAAAAUGACAAUAA